ACAAACGGCGUACUCACAAAAAGGGGAAUUAAUUCGAUCCAGGCCCGUGUGUUCAAAUUCUGUAAUUACUUUAAUUGGUAUGUGAUAAGUUUGGUUGGAGUGAUUACAUAAAUGGGAAGAAAGAAAACGAUUAUUCAGUGAGUAGUUAAACAAUAUGUGUGUGAACGAUUCUUCAGUUUAGAGUGAUAGCAUUGUAGACAUCGGUUUUAGACCAACGAUCGAUGGUGUGAUUUUUUUUUCCUUUAAAUAUUCACUUGUUCAUCCUGGAGGUUAACCCCAACCUUAAAAUUAGCACUCAUUGAUAACAUUAUUUACAUUUAGGCCUAUAUAGUCUGAAAUCACCAGACUAACGUGUUUCUUUCGAAGCAAAAUUAACCCACAUUUUAUUUAAAAAAUUAAACGAAAUGAAAAGGCGAUACGAAUAAAACGCAAGUCAAGAUGGGAAAGACUGAGGAGGAGAAGUGUAAGGAAGACGACAACGAAACGAUAACCAGAGCUGCCCACGAGUUCGGCGAUGAAACAACACUGCACGGGUUAAGAUACCUCAUCGGUCGUGGUCAUCUACUGUCUCGUCUAUGCUGGCUAGCCAUUCUCAUUCUUGCUUUCGUUCUCCUGGUCAUCCAGGCGAUGAUCGUCUAUGAGGAUUUCCAGAGCUCGCCGUACUCGACAAAGAUUGACAUCGUCUCGGAGAUGGCGAAAACCUUCCCGGCAGUCACUGUUUGUAACGACAAUAAGAUGCGGAGAUCGCGACUAUACAACACCAAAUACCAAGGCUUGAUUGAUAUUGAUGAUGGAAAAGUAUCGGUAAACGAAACGGACCGUACCAAAGGCAAAGCGUCAGACGAUGUCUGGGCAUCAGUCAUCGGUGACUACGACUGGCAUGGCUUCUACUCUGCAUCGAUGGCCGAUGACUUCAGCGACUUCAUCAACGUGGUCAACCCAUCUCGGGCUGAGCUCAGUGACUACGGGCACACUCUUGAAGACUUCGUAAUUCAGUGCACAUAUAACCAGAAGACGUGUAACUUGAGCACUGAUUUCACUGUGUUACAAAAUCGGCAUUACGGCAAUUGUUUCACAUUCAACUUUGGGAGUGAGGAAAAUAGCACUCUCAAGAUGAUCACCAAGACUGGAGCGUUGACUGGUUUGCACCUUAGUCUUAUGGUUGAAGAGGAUGAGUAUAUGGGUUUAUUGGCUCCUAUCCGAGGAGCAAAGAUAGUCAUCCAUGCUCCUCAUACAAUACCAUUUCCUGAGGAUGAUGGUAUCAGCCUCGAUACAGGGAGUGCCUUUUCGAUCGGCAUACGGGAGGAAGUCAUACAACGCCUUCCAAAGUUUUCCGAUUGCAUUGACGAUGAAGACACUGACUUUAUUAAUUCUUCAUAUUCUGGUUCUUACUCCGUACGCUGCUGUUUCAAGACUUGUUACCAGCAAAGCCUUUUCAACGAGUGUGGUUGUGUGGAUGAUAUCCUCCUUGACUAUAGACAGUGCAGGGUCACCAGCAAACGCGAAAUGCAUUGCAUAUCCGAGGUACAGUCUCGUUACAUAAACGAUGAACUACGGUGCGAGUGUCCAAUGCCAUGCAAAGAGAAAAACUAUAGGACAUCGAUAUCGUCUGCUGCAUGGCCGUCGAAACGAUUCAAGCCUCAUCUGUUGAGUAAAUUUUAUUCCAACCCUAAAAUCCGGAUGAUAUUAGAAGAAGAGGAAAUAGCAAGGAGUAAUUUGAUUCGUGUGAUGAUCUACUUCGAAACCCUGAACGUGGAUAGAGUUGAGCAAGUACCUCGAUAUACAAUCCCAAACAUCUUGGGUAAUAUAGGUGGGCUAAUGGGUCUCUUCACCGGCAUGUCAUUCAUCAGUUUGUUUGAGGUCGCCUUUCUACUGCUUCGAAUCGCAAAGAUUACUUUCACGAAACUCUUCUCCAGCAGCCGAGUUCAUUCUUUUAAAGCCUGAUGCUAGACCCACACAGGUGAAGAUGACUCCGGACUGACAAACGUUUUCGUUAUUUCCAAUCCGACGACAUAUAACAUCAGUUGAUUUGGAGUCGGGUAUACGUUGUAGCAUAAUAAUAUUCUGAUACUAGAUUUGCUACAAAGGUUGUUUUAAAAAUUACAGGACUAUUUUCAACAGCUGACACUUUAAAUCGAUGAAACAACAUUAUCAAAAGCAUAGGCCAUAUAAGGAUUCGAUCGAUUGAUUUUGCAGGGAAUAUGCUGUUGUUUUCAGCCAAUGUUCGAACUAUUCUGGCUAAUAGUGAAUGAUGUAACAAAUUCCUGCAUACAACUUUUUUUUUAUUUUAAUGUAUUGUCAGAGUACUUAUUCCUUAAUUUUGUUAAAAUGUGUUUACCUUUAUUAUAUUCGCGCCAGAGAAUACGAAUACUCACGUGUUCAUGCAUGCUUUUUUAUAAGGUCGUUCGUUGAAUCUAUAAAGUGAUAAUAUGCAUGCAUGUAUCAUUCAUGCAUUAAUGUAUAUACUAUAUGAUAUUACAAAUGCUGUCUGAAGUGAGUUAAGUUUUUAAUCAUUCUUAGUAAUAAAUUCAAUGAUUCAUACAUAACUUGAAUUAUGUUUUUGAACGAUAUUACCAAUAUUGUAUUUUUAAGUUUCAAUAUAUAUCGC